UGCAGUUAAAGCUAAACGUUCUCCUUUCUUUUCCUUUCUGUCACUCUCACUCAAAUUAAAAAAUGGGAGCUUUUAUUUGAAUUGAAUUCAUCGUCGCUCACACCCCCCUUCUCCCUCUCUCUGAAGCUCCUCAGAGCGCAGGUGGCGUCACUCAGUGUUCGUUUGUUUCGUUAUAUGGCGCAGAAGUUUGGAAAAGUUUAAAGCAGAAAGCAUUCUAUAGUGCCUUGAGAAUAAAGUGGUGAUGAUGGAGGCAGCAAUAGAUGCUAAUGCUCCACUUGAUUAUAUCGAAAUCCACAUUUUCCCAUUGCAGAAUAGGUAUGAGGCAUGUGUUACCUAUCUGCACAAGAAAGAGAAGGUGUCGUCUGGACUUCUGGAACAUCUGCUACUGCAUUCUCCCAAAAUCAAAGAUUUGCAUUGUCAAGGAUCCAAUACCAAGUAUGGACUUAAUCCACCUGAGUAUUCACAUGAUAUAAAGUGGUUUACAAAAUCCACAUUGAUAAGGUUUCUGCAUAUAAUUGGUUCUGCAAACAUAUUGGAAGUAACAAGUACUCUGAAAAAAGAGAUAUCUCAACUGGAGGAUGCUCGCCGAUUUCAUCUUUCUUUGUAUACAAAGGGUACUCAAUCUAACCAGACCGAGGAAUUUGAUGCUGGAUGCACUAAUAGUGGUGGGUCUGCUACAAAGGCUGAAGACUCUGAUGUUUCCAAGAACAAGUUGCUGCAUGCUAUUGACUCAAGACUGACUGCUUUAAGAGGAGAAUUGACUGCUGCUUUCGACCAAGCUGCAGGAUCUAGAUAUUCCGUGGCGGAGAUGACUGAUAUAGAGAAGUUUUCUCGUCACUGUGGAUCUUUGGAAUUGAGUGACUCCCUGCACAAGCACAUAGAACUGAUUCAAGGAGCUCAGACAGCUGAGAAGUCAGGGAAUCAUGUCACUGAAUCGUUAUCUUCAGAGGUUCAAUUUGCGGAUGUGGAGAGGCAAGGCUACACUGAGAGUGAUGGAUCAUCUUUCUCUAGUGAGGAAGAGAAACAGCAUGAAAGGAGUCGGCCUCGGAUAAGAUCUGCUUCUCCUCGAAGAUCUGCAUCUCCAAUGCGGAGGGUACAAAUUGGAAGAUCUGGCUCCCGAAGGUCUACUGCUAUAACUAUUAAGAGUCUGAAUUGUAUUCCUGCCAGAGAAAAAUCAUAUUUGCCUGCACGUGGAGCCGCAAGUGAUAGUGAAGGAGAAGGAUCUCAACCAGAACCAAAAAAAUCUGAUAACAACGUGAGGAUUAGUGUCCAGGAUGCAAUAAAUCUGUUUGAAAGAAAACAGAGGGAUCAAAAAGUGGAUGUCAGGAAGUCAGGGACAUUUUCAAAUGGAACUAUCUGUCCAAACAAAGCUGUUCUGAGAAGAUGGAGCAGUGGGAUGGGUGACAAUUCUGUACAACAUUCGCAAGAGAUUUUUCAUGAGGCUCCUGUUGCUAAGAUUCAAAACGAUGCAGAAAACAAGGAAGUUAAAAGUGAUCUGCAGGAACAUGAUAUCUUUUCAGAAGACCUUAGCCCCGAGCCUUUUGGAUUGGAUGUGAAAAUGAACUCACCUGUAAAAGAAGCUUGUAGUUCGGUAAGAACACAAGAGAUGCUCCUUACUGCACCAACGGAUGCUGGUGAGAAAGUAAUUUCCUCAGCUGAAUGGAAUCGUCAAAAAGAAGUAGAGCUGAAUGAGCUUUUUAUGAAGAUGAUGGAAACUAAACCUGUGAAAACGCGGGCUUCUGUACCUGCAAGCAAUAAAAGACACAGCUUGCCUUCUGAGCAGAGAGGUUGUUCUUAUGAUCACUACAAGGAGAAGAGAGAGGAGAAACUUCGGGGUGAAGCUGCUGGAAAGCGAACAGAGAAAGAUAGACAUUUCAAACCAAUACAACAAUUUUCGAAUGUCAGAAAAUCACAAAUGGCCUUAGCAAGUGGCGUCGAUUCGGAAAGAAAGCCUAGUGUUAAGAAGAUGCAAAAACCACAAAAGAGCUCGGUUGAACCUGCAAAUCGCAAGACUGAAAGCCCAAAAUCCGGAUCUGUUAAGAAAGCCACUCCGAGAUCCUCUUCUGUUCCUCACAUACGCAAAUCAUCAGCUUCAUUACCAUCAACAAGAGGUCCAUCUCCCGCAAAAACUCCUCCCAUAGUAGAUGCAAUGCCAGCUCGUAGAAGACCACGGUCCACAACACCAGUUUCUCGCUCCAGCCCAAAAGUGGAGACAUCUCAAAUUGGAACUAAGCCUGUGAAGCCAAAUUGGGACAACAGCAAAAAAAGCUCGGGAAAUGCAGUGGAGAAAAAGCAGCAAUCUGCAAAAAAGCCUUGGCAAAGUGUCAAAGGCAAAGUUCCAGCUGCGGCCAACGAUCAUGCUCCUACUGCUAAACCUAAACCUAGCUUGUAUAUCAAGGUUACCAAAAAAAGCACCAUCGUCCCUCUCGAGUCAAAGCCUUCUCUACCUAAAGGUUCUGGAACUGUCUCCGAUGCUAAUCCAUCUGUGAAUAAAGAAGAAGCAUUGGUUUCUCCACAGGAUGUAUUGCAGAAGUCGGCAGAUAUGAUCGAGCAUGAGGAAAAUUUAGAGGUAUCCAACCAUUCUAGUCCUGAGAUUCUUCAUGAAGAUGAUAUUGCUGUAACGCCCGAGGUUAUUGAAAGUGUAACUACUGUGAGAAGCCCUGCCAUUGAUGACAACAACACCGAGAAUGUGACGGAGAAUCAAUUAAAUCCCGAUAUUGAAGAAGAAUCAAUCUCACCUGCUGCUUGGGUGGAAAUUGAGGAGAAUGAAAAUCAACUUGCGACUUUGGAAGACUGUUCUUGGGAAAUGGUUGAUCCAUCAGCAGCCAACAAGGCGGCGCCAGUCGUCGCAUCUAGUCCUCCUCGAGUGCAUCAUUCUCUGUCGCAAAUGCUCCUUGAAGAGAGUAGUGAAUCUGAUGUCCCAGAGUGGGGGAAUGCUGCAAAUCAACCACAAGUGAUGGACCACAAAGACUCUCCCAAAGGUUUUAAGAGGCUAUUGAAAUUUGGUCGGAAGAGCAAGACUGACACCAAUGCAGCAGCAGCAGCAGGUGGUGGUUUGCUUAUCUCGUCUGUCGUGUUUUCUGAAGGAGAGGAUGAGGGCGAGUGUGCAAAUAAAAGAAAUGCAGAAAAACUACUCAGGAAAUCAGCAACACUGCAUUCGAAGAACAAUGUCGCUGGUCGUCCGAAUCUUAGCAAUUCCAGUUCGUCACAGGAUGAUCAUGCAACAACAAAAGUAGGAGGAGGAAGGUCGUUGUUCUUCUCUCUUUCGGCUUUCAAAGGCAACAAGUAAAGUAAGAAGAAAGGAGGAGGAGGAGGGAACAAAUCUAUAAUAUAGAUAUCAUUUUGUAUGGAAUUUCGUUGCACUUUUUGACUUGUUAAUUAUAUAUUAUAUAUGGUUGGUUUAGGCUACUUUGCUUUACUUUUGGUUUUGAUUUUGAUAUUGGGAAUGGGUGUCCAUGUCCAUGUCCUUCCUAUGUAAAACAUACAUUGUCUUGUUUUAUGGUCGGGUCGGAUCGGAUUGGAUCUCACUCAGUUUGGAUGAAUACUAAUUAAUUUAUACAUGGCUGUCAAACUUCAAUCAGACCUAAGGGUGGCAUAUUGUACUAAAAAUACCGAUCAAUAUCGAUAUUAUAUCGAAUUUUACAUAACGUACAGGUACGGUUAAUACUGAAAAUUCUGAUUUAGGUAAGAUAUCGGUAAACUUCGAUUAUGUUCGAGCAGAUGGGGAAGGCACCGAACGGCUUUAAUGAGAUUAGGGUUUUUUUAAGUUUCUUUUUGGUAUAUUUUUUAAUUAUUUAUAUUAAUAAUUAAAUUAUUUAAUAAAAAUAAUAUGGGUACGAUAUUAUAUCAAAAUAUCGAGCUUUCCAAAAAUUUAUACCGAUAUCGUACUAAAAUUUUCGAUAUUUUCAAUACGGUAUGGUACGAAUAAAUCGGUUAAAUUUUACUUGCUUGUGGAUGACUUACCAUAUGCGAAAAAGAUUUUGUAAUUGUCAUUUCUUGUUUUGGCAUACGACACAUCCUUCUAUCCAGUGUGUCGAGAUUUGAGACAAACACACAAUAGGAAAGUUGAUAGGCUGUGUUGCAGACUCAUUUUGCAUGGUUGCUUUAUGUCUUUUUUCAGAAA